AUGAGUGAUGCUGCAGUGGUUUGUAAGCAGCUGGGCUGUGGAUCUGCUCUUGAAGCUCAUGAGGAAGCACGCUUUGGGCCAGGAUCUGGCCCCAUUUGGAUGGUUGGUGUACAGUGUGAUGGCACCGAGUCUGCCCUGUCUGAGUGCACAAACACAGAAUGGACUCGAAAGUACUGUGAUCACGGUUUGGAUGCUGGAGUGACGUGUUCAGCAGUGCCUCAAUGGCCCAAGAACCACCUGGGAACGGGGUGCAUUUCCAGUGGCACCAAGGGGUUCCUGAGCCUGGCUGCGAGCUUGGUGGGGCAGAGCAGGCUGCAGCAGCCAAGACUGGUUGGAGACAACAGCCCCUGCUCAGGGCGAGUGGAGAUCCGUGAUGGGGACCAGUGGAAAACCGUCUGUGACUCAGACUUUGGUCCCAAAGCUGCCACCGUGGUCUGCAGGGAGCUGCAGUGCGGCACAGCCCUGUCUGUCGCUGGGGCAGCUCACUUUGGAGAAGGGGAUGGUCCCAUCUGGGACAGAGAGCUGCAGUGUGUGGGGAAUGAAUCCCUUCUUGCUUCCUGCCCCAGGGGAUCCCCAAGGGGCGAGCCCUGCUCCCACGCAAAGGAUGUCGGUGUCACCUGCACACAGUUCACAGGGUUCAGGCUGGUGAACGGCAGCAUGGCGUGUGAGGGGAGGGUGGAGGUCCAGGUGCUGGGGACCUGGGGCACCCUCUGUGCCUCCCACUGGGAUCUCUCGGACGCCCACGUUCUCUGUCGCCACCUUGACUGCGGGUUUGCCGAGUCCAUUCCCAGGCCAGGUCAUUUUGGGAGAGCCACCCACCCCUUCUGGAGAGACUCAUUUCACUGUGACGGGACUGAAGGCCACCUGGGGCAGUGCCCAGUGACUGCUCUGGGGGCCUUGUGCUCCCACGAGAGCGAUGCUGCUGUCAUUUGCUCAGGCCCAGCUGAUUCCGCGUCCCUGCGGCUGGUGGGUGGAGGGAGCCGGUGCGACGGGCGAGUGGAGAUCCUCCAGCGUGGGACGUGGGGCAGAGUCCUGGAUGACCAGUGGGACGUGCAGGAGGCCAGCGUGGUGUGCCAGCAGCUAGGGUGCGGAGAGGCAGAGAAAGCCUACAAGCCCCCAAAGCCCCAGAGAGGGUCGGGUCCCGUGGGGCUGCGAGGGGUCCGGUGCGCAGGGCACGAGGCCAACCUGACCCUCUGCAACACCUCCCUGCCCGAGAGUUCAGCAGCGGCAGGGACUGCAGAGGACGUGGGAGUCAUUUGCUGGGGGAGCCGGCAGGUCCGGCUGGUGAAUGGGCCCAGGCGCUGUGCUGGGAGAGUGGAGGUCUACUACCAGGGCAGCUGGGGAACCAUCUGCGAUGAUGGCUGGGACCUGUCGGAUGCCACCGUCAUUUGCCACCAGCUGGGCUGUGGCGGGGCAGUGCAGGCGGUUGGCUCCGCUCGGUUCGGGGAAGGCUCUGGUCAGAUCUGGCUGGAUGGCGUGAACUGCUCCGGGGCCGAAGAUUCUCUCUGGGACUGCCCAGCAGGGUCGUGGGGGCAGCACGACUGCGGGCACAAAGAGGACGCAGGAGUCGUCUGCUCAGAGUUCGUGGCCCUGAGGCUGGAGAACAGCAACAACUGCUCUGGGCGCCUGCAGGUUUUCUAUAAUGGGACGUGGGGCAGCGUUUGCUCCAACUCCAUGACUCGCAAAACGGUGUUGCUGGCAUGCAAGGAGCUGGGCUGCGGGGAUGAAGGGUCCCUAGAAACACAACGGCCCUACGGCAGGACGUCUGGCCCCACCUGGCUAGAUCACGUGCAGUGUGGGGAGAGAAACAGCUCCUUCUGGCAGUGUCCUUCGGGUCCCUGGGAUCCUCAGUCAUGCGAUGACCUGCAAGAUGAGACCCACAUCACCUGCAAUGGGAGACGGCCAGAAACGCCCCCAUCCCUGGGGACUGCGUGCCCAGAUUCCACAAGCUGCACAGACAGGGAGAAGAUUCGUGCCGUGGGAGGUGAGGACGGGUGCUCGGGCAGAGUGGAGGUCUGGCACCGUGGCUCUUGGGGGACGGUUUGCGAUGACUCCUGGGACAUGCGGGAUGCCGAGGUGGCGUGCAGGCAGCUGGGCUGUGGCCCCGCAGUGUCUGCCCUGCAUGAGGCUGCAUUUGGGAUGGGGACGGGCCCCAUCUGGCUGGAGCAGGUGGAGUGCCGUGGGACAGAGCCAUCUCUGCAGGACUGCUGGGCCCGGCCUGGGGACAGCGGUGCCUGCCGGCACAAGGAGGACGCUGCCGUGAACUGCUCAGAUCCCACGCGGGGCCGUCCACCCAGCAGUGGGAGAGUCUCAUUGCCCGUCAUCAUCUGCAUCGUCCUGGGGGCCCUUGUCUGCCUGCUCCUGGCCCUCCUGGCUGGGCAACUGUGA